CAUCGGCGACGAGACAGCACAGCGAUCGAACGCAUCGGAAGCAAUCGUAGAGGCGGCUGAGAUGGUAUUGCUGGCCGCCGCCUGGCUUGCGCUCGCGUCUCGUCUGCUGGCGGAGUUGGGGCCCCUCGAGCUGACCGUCGAAGUGCUGCCGAGCUUACGAGUUGUUUCCCACAGUGCGAAGCUUGGACUCGGCUUUCCCUUCGAGUUCAUUGUUGCCACGAGUGAAGACAUGGAACAGAUGAAAAGUGUCUGCCGAAAUCACGGGUCGACUGCAGGGACACCCCCAAGAUCGGAAGGAUACGAAUCUUCAACUUUCCAUGGAGAACCAUGGCCCGCACAAGAACCAACGCACCGCGGUGCGCGGGCGAAAACACUAGUCAACAACCGGCAAGCAACCAAUGCAACUGUAACACGCAACACCGGUAGCUAAACCAGGGAACAGCGCUGCAACAAGUACGCUUCGUCUUCAAUCAAGGCGCUGACUCCUGCCAAACGAAAAGCCAUGUCGAAGGGGCAUCAUAAGUAGGCCCAUACACGGAACGAGAUGUCUCAUCUGGGAAUAUUAAUGCCUCCUGUUGUGCAUUCUGCACAACACCAAAAGGGAAAACAUCAGACCUUUACGUUGAAAAAAAAUGGCUCCUAGGAAA